CGGCGCCCCGCGGUCCCGGGCCGCGGGUGGACGCUGUCACGGAGCGCGCCUCGCCGGCCUCAGCGCCCUAAGGCGCCUUCCAAGGCUGGAUCGGCGUGGGGUGCCGUGCCCGGUAGAAGCCCCGAGCCCGGAGCGGCGGCGUGGGCACCGCGGUACGGGUGCGGACUCCGCGGCUUCUCGCCCGGCUUCUGACUGCCGUGGCCGAGGAUGGCGAACGGCGCCGAGGUCAAAGUUGGGGCUACCAAAAUUGGGGCGAACGCAGAGCAAGACCCCGACACCCCUCUCCGUCAGCGCACUCCUCGCCCCCAACUCUUUCGGGGGGAGGUUGAGGUUUCAAGCAGUAGCCUUCCUAGGAUUUAACGCUAGUGUCAGGAAUGUGCUGGGAGAGUUUUGGGGGGAAGGCGGUGCCAGGCAGAGGAGCCGUGCUUUGACUCGUGGUCGAAAAGGGCUACGCGGGCCCUCCAGACAGCAGGGAAGAAUGGGGGCGCGAUCACUUCCUUGCAGUGCAUCCCCGGACUGAAGAAGGAAAUAGCGAAAAGUCUCAAGGCGGAGAAGUGAGACUCUGCCUGUUGGGGCGGGGGGACGCUCCAGAGCGCGCGCAGUUGUCACACGGGGCGCGGGCGGGAGUGGGAACUUUCCUGGACUCAGCUAGUGGCGGGCGGGUCAAAGGGCGGGGGGCACCCCAGCCGAAGGAGCGGUCCGGGUUCUGGCGUGGUGACUGCGCAGGCGAGAGGCUGUGUAGCCGGGUCCGGUCUUAGCCUGCGGGGCAGCUGGGGACGUCGGGUUUGGCCUGGGUUCCACAGUUGGGAUGCGUGAACACAACCAGAAGGGACGCGGGCUGGGCGGGUGCAGGAAGCUUAAGCUGAACGCUGGCCUGCAGUGGGUCGCCUCUUGGCGCUCCGCCUGCGGCGCCGGGACAGAGCGGCUCCCAGCUAGACGUUUUGAAGCGGUGGGAAAUUACCCCUUUUGACCUAAAGGCCCUGUUUUGGGGUUUUCCCUUGCACCCUAGCCUUCCCCACCCUUCACCGGGGAGGAAGCCGAGAGGCUUCUUCCUGCCGCACCUGCCGCUCCGGAGGCUCAGCCUGUCUGCGCAUCGUGGAGGCAGGGCCCAGGGUGUGCCCUCCUCGUCGGUCACCUGGAGAGGGCGGGAUUUAGGGUGAUGCUUGCUGCAGGGUAUCCCUUGCUGUCUCCCCACGCUGGGUGUGGGGUUUCCAGGGAGACCCGCUGACCCAGACAACUCGGGAGGCCGCAGGUUCUGCCCAGUGUUCCUCAUGUCACGAUGUAGUGUGCUCUGGAGGCCUCUCCUGGGACUUAAGGGCCCUGGUAUGACUUUGGAGUUCACCACCCCAGCAGGGCUCCAGGACUGCCACCCUCGGAUGCUUCACUGCCUGAUCCACUUACGGAGGCCUCUUCAGAUCCUCCGCACCCCGCACCCCUUCUGACAUUUCUGUAGCAAGUGAUGGUCCCUUUUUCCAGGUUUCUCAGAUCCACAAAGCUAGGUCUGGGGGUUCAUGAAUUUAAAGACAGGCAUGUUUAGGCACUGGAAAUUAAGACUGCAUAGGCAUUAGGAUGGACAGAAACCAAUCUAAGCCUGCCUCUGGAAAGCACGAUGGAGUUGGAGCCUCACCCUGCCUAGGGGAAGACCUGGCCGCAGAUGGAAUGGGCUGGGCUGGGGGCCUGGCAACUUGGCUUUAGGGAUCCAUUUAUGAAUCUUCUUGGUCAGCCCCCUCCCUCCCUCAGCACACAAGCCCUUUGCCAUGAACCAACCGCCCCCCAGAGCUCCCCCUCAGCCCCGCCGUGUGCGGCUGAAGCCCUGGCUGGUGGCCCAGGUGAACAGCUGCCAGUACCCAGGGCUUCAGUGGGUCAACGGGGAAAGGAAAUUCUUCUACAUCCCCUGGCGCCAUGCUACGAGGCAUGGCCCUAGCCAGGAUGGAGACAACACCAUCUUCAAGGCCUGGGCCAAGGAGACGGGAAAGUACACCGAGGGAGUAGAUGAGGCUGAUCCUGCCAAGUGGAAGGCCAACCUACGCUGUGCCCUCAAUAAGAGCCGAGACUUCCGCCUCAUCUAUGAUGGGCCCCGGGAUAUGCCACCUCAGCCCUACAAGAUCUACGAGGUCUGCUCCAAUGGCCCUACUCCCACAGAGUCCCAGCCUACCGAGGAGGAUUACACUGUGGCUCCAGGAGAGGAGGAGGAGGAGGAGGAAGAGGAGCUCCAGAAGAUGUUACCAGGCCUGAGCCUCACAGAAGCAGUACAGCCUGGUCCCUCCAUGGCACCCUAUCUACCUAAAGAAGAUGUCAAGUGGCCACCAGUUCUACCACCGCCUGUGGGGCCCCCUACCUUAGACUCCAGCCUUCUGGUUGCUGCAUCUGGCAACCCUGCUGGCUUUGGGCAGCGUCUCCCUGAGGUCCUGCCCAGUCCAGAGCCCCUGGCUCAAGCCCUGCCCACUGCAAAUGAACAGCUAUUGCCUGAUCUGCUUAUCAGCCCCCACAUGCUGCCUCUGACUGACCUGGAGAUCAAGUUCCAGUACCGGGGGCGGCCACCCCAUGCCCUCACCAUCAGCAAUCCACAAGGCUGCCGGAUCUUCUACAGCCAGCUGGAGGCCACCCAGGAGCAGGUGGAACUCUUUGGCCCUGUGAGCCUGGAACAAGUUCGCUUCCCCAGCCCUGAGGAGAUCCCCAGCGAGAAGCAGCGCUUUUAUACGAACCAGCUGCUGGAUGUCUUGGACCGUGGGCUUAUCCUCCAGCUGCAGGGCCAGGAUCUGUAUGCUAUCCGCCUGUGCCAGUGCAAGGUAUUCUGGAGUGGGCCCUGUGCCUCCACUCAUGGCUCAAGCCCCAACCCCAUCCAGCGGGAAGUCAAGACCAAGCUCUUCAGCCUUGAGCAGUUUCUCAAUGACCUCAUCCUGUUCCAGAAGGGCCGCACCGACACCCCACCACCCAUUGAGAUCUUCUUCUGCUUCGGGGAGGAGUGGCCUGACCAGAAACCCCGAGAAAAGAAGCUCAUUACUGUCCAGGUGGUGCCUGUUGCAGCCCGGUUGCUUCUGGAGAUGUUCUCUGGGGAGCUUUCUUGGUCAGCUGACAGCAUCCGGCUGCAGAUCUCAAACCCAGACCUGAAAGAUCGCAUGGUAGAGCAGUUUAAAGAGCUCCAUCACAUCUGGCAGGCCCAGCAGCUGCAGUCUGUGGCCCACGCCACUCCCAUGGUGGGUCUGGGUACUGGCCAGGGGCCCUGGCCCAUGCACCCUGUUGGCAUGCAGUAGCAGGGCUGUAGGUAGUGGCUGUGUAGACUAAUAAGACAAUGUGGUAGCUCCAGCAGGUCUGGCUGGCUGCAGAGUCUAACCACUGGGUCUCCUUGAAGUGGAGUUAGGACAGAGAUAAAGAAGACACUUGUGCAGCCAUUCUCCCUGCAGAGAUUUACUUUCAGGGAUGGCUUCCUAGGCCUGCCUCUCCUGUGCUCUUUCUGGCCCCCCCUGGAGAAACCCAGCAAGCGGCCCCUGAGCAGAGAAGGAAUGUCCCCAACUAGAGAGCAGGGCAGGUUGCCCCAUUCUUGUGGUUGAUCAUUUGCUGUGGCAAAAAGAGUCUGAGAAGAGUUGAGGGCCAGGUCCUCCUGCAGUCUCUGCAGAGCAUGGGCCUGAUUUGGAUGUUCCCUUAUUUGAGCCUCACUUCCCCAUCUUUCUUAAUCCUGAGACGAAUUAAGCCUUUAGACGUCACUUAAGGCUGGCAGCUACGUGCUGCCUCCCCAGUUUAUAAGAAUCUGGGGGUAGAACUGAGGAUACAGCUCAGUGGAAUGGCGCCAGCUUGGCAAGCAAAAGGUCUUGAGUUCAAUUCCCAGUUUCACAAAAAAAAAAAAAAAAAAAAAAAAAAAAAGCUGGGAGUAAAGAGUAGAAUUUAUGUAUUUUUGGAUUAAAAAAGUUAAAAAACA